AUGAAGAGUUUAGUUUGUAUCCUGCUGCUGCUGGAAACCUUUGUGUUUGUGGUACAGCAGCAGGUAGAUGGAGGACUCGCUGAGAAUGAGAUCAGUCAACAGCUCAGAUCUCAGGACAGAAGACAGAAUCCACCUCAGACAGACUCUCUGAGAGAUGAAGCUUCAAAUGACAGCCAAUACUGCCAUCUGUACUUUCCUGACAUCCACGCAGCACUGAGAGAGCUGACCGCCACCGUUACAGAGCAGAAAGCCAACAUCAGAGCUUUAGAGACACGACUGAGUGAUGCUGAGCAAGCUGCAGAACAACAGACGCUCCUCCUGCAAGAGCUGAACAAGAAAAAUGAUGAAAUGUCAAAUCUUACUCAGAGUCAAGUGGAGGAGCUGAGAAAGGAAAACAGAGACAGACAGAUAGCUUUUUCAGCUGGACUGAUGCAAUCUAGCAGUGGAAAUAUUGGUCCCUUUACCACCGACAUCCCACUAACCUACAGGAACGUCUUCACAAACAUAGGAAACGCCUACAGCCCAAUUACAGGUGUUUUCACAGCCCCACUGAGAGGAGCGUACAUGUUCAGAAUCUCUGUCUAUGGUCCAGCUAGUCAAGCAACCCCAUCAACCGUCUCUAUUAUCAAGAAUGGACAGCAUGUAGUUAUCGCACACGCUCAUCAGGCUGGGAAUGUAGUGAACUCCUCAAACGGAGCUGUGUUGCUCCUAGAGGUCGGAGAUGUUGUCUAUGUGACACUUUUGGCUAACAGGAGGAUAUCGGAUAGCCAGAGUAACCACAACACAUUCAGUGGCUACCUACUGUUUCCCUUAAGAGAACAGUAACUUCAUAUGCCUCAGACAUUUUUCAUCUGAAAACAUAUGAUUUCAGAUGAAAAUCGCGAAGAAUCCUUGAACUUGAAUGGCUAAUACGAGUUUGAUAUUCCUGUAUAUUGUGUGUUUUGUUAUAGUAGUAAACCCAGAAUGUUAAUACCUUUUUAAGUGUAACUUGUUACUGAUCCCGGAUCUGUCUCUUCGUCCUACAUA